UAUCGUUCAUUGCCGAGUACUCAAUGUUCUUCUAAUUUUUUCUUCGCGUUGUUUCAGCAAACAUUAAAAAAUGCGUGACGUGUUGUUUGCGGAGGAGGCAGUCAAGUCCAGGCCGGUCUGCAGCGUGGGUUUAACAAUGUACGCACUUUAAACUCUACACCUGCCCUUUUAUUUUGUUGGUUUGACAUUUUAUGUUUUUUUUUUUUUUUUUACAGCUGAAUUACAUGUCGCGCUGACAAGCCACUCGGUUUCGAAAGGUGUCAAAGAGCAUGUGAAGGGAGUCAGAAAUGGAGGCACCUGAAGCACACUCGGAGACUGAAAACACAGAGGCCUGUUUCCAAAGGACCUACUCGGCUCUAACUGUGGACAAUGUUUAUGAAAUAGCUAAACUGAUCGGCACCGAGGUGGAGAAACUUAUCGAUGGCUGUGGCAAAGACAGCGUCGUGGGUCUUGUACCGAAAAUAGUGAAAGUGCUGGAGCUGCUGGAGAGCUUUGCUUCCAGGAACAAUGCUCACAGGCUGAGGGAAGAGGAGCUGCUGAAGACUUUCGAGACCAUACAGCUUCAACAGCAAAAGAGACGUGUGGUAAAGGAGAGCGACGAGGGCAGCGAGAAACAAGAAAUACGGGAGCUGCAGCAGAAGGAGCAGCAGUGGAAGACGAGGGUUGAGGAGCUGCAGGUCCAGGUGCAGCAGCUCCAGGAGGACAGGGAAGAGCUGCAGAGUAGGCUCAAGGGCAGCCAUGCACAGGAAGACCGUGUCCAGCGGCAGGAGCGAGAGGUGAUGCUGAAGCUGAAAGAGGUGGUGGACAAGCAGAGAGAUGAGCUGAGGGCCAAAGUCCAGGAAAUAACCACCAUCUCCAAAGAGGUGGAGGCGGUCCAGGAGCAGUUGGAGCGUUUCAUGAAGAUGAAUGCAGAGCUGCGACAUAAACAGAACGUGCUGCAGGCCCAGCUGAAGAGCGUCGUGGAGAGGAAGGCCGACAUGGAGGCUGACCUGAAGGAGAAAACCAAAGAGAUAGAAAACCUCCUAACACAGCUGGACAGAACCAACAGCAACAGCCCUUCUAGUCCGAAUCAAACGGCCUCGGUUUCCAAGAAACAGUCGACAGUUGACCAGAAGGACCCAGAUCCGCCAUGUUUCACCAAGAAGGAGGUGCGUGACAUCAUUUUUGAGAGGAAUGAGCUCAAAACCAACCUGUUCCUGGUGCAGGAGGAGCUCAACUACUAUCAGAGAGAGAUCCUGAAUGAGGAGAGGUGUCCAGGUUUCCUUUUAGAAGCUGUCCGCUCUACUAUCAAAAAAAGAAGAAAGCUCAUUAAGGCAAAGAUGCUCGGGAUUCCUGCAAACAAUUGCAGCAGCAGUGACGAGGAGGAGAGGAGUUCUCUGUUUGGGCAGACAGAAGUAGAUGGCGCUGAAGUUGAGAACACUGACAAACCAGCUGAGUCACGCAUUCGAAACCUCUUUGGCUUCCUGACACGGUCGGGCAAUGGCUGGAGCCCCACCCACAUGAGCAGCUCCGCCUCCAGCUGGGAGAUCAUCGGAGACUCAGAGGCUGGCGAAGAGACUGGGCAGCAGUGACUGUCCUCCUGAGUCUGGUACUCACCUCAGCAUCACCCCUUCUUCCCUUAGGCAAAUCUUCUUCCUCAGCUGGUAACAGAAAAUGUUACCGUGGCUCAUAAAAAAACUUAACAAGGACAUUUGAAGGCAGCCCUUCUUCAAAAGCACUUAGUGUGAAGAAAGAGAAAGUGCAAAUGUUUAAACAAACUUUAUUGUUAUUUGAAUUCUUUCAUUUCCCCUUUGGUUGAUUUCCCCUCUUACACACACAUCAUUUCCCUUAUUUUUCCAGAGUUUAUAAAAAGUAUAUUUAGGAUACUAGUACUAUGGUAUGUAUGGUAGUGUUCCGCAGUAUUAAAAGGGGUUCUUUUUAACUUGUUACAAAAAAAAUGUAUUUUUUCUAAGAAUCCUUUUAUCCUUUAGCGUAAAGGGAAAAUUGGCAUUACACAUAAAUAUUUAUAUAGAUCCUGAAACUAUUUUAACAAAAACCAAAGACAUUACAAGGUUAGAUUUGUUCCUCUCGGUGUUGGAAAGAGUAUUUUAAGUUCACCUCGGUUCCACAAGAGGGCAUUAUUUUCUUUUUAUAAAUAACAAUCAAGAUUUUACUAUUAAGCUGUUAUUUAACUUUUACCUCAGUAGGGGAGAUUUUACUUAUUUUUUGUCAUGAUUAAUAGUACUUUCAUGUUCAAGAAUAAACAAAGAAAUAUGUAUUCACAUUACCAGUCACUUCCAGCAUUGAGUCCAUUUUAAUCCCUUAAGCCUUAACUCAAUGCUUGUAUUGUUAUAUAUAUAUUUUCUUAAUUUCAGGCAUGGCACACAGAGUCAAAGUCUUUGGCUGGUGUGUCCCUGAUGCCAGUGCCAUAAAUGUGUGUGUAUUUGUGUGAGUAAACGCAUGUAUUGUAGCCGCUGCAGAUUGGUAAUGUAAGUUAGUCGCACAUUUAGUUUCCACCACCAUUGGCUGAUUAGUAACCCUAAAGUAACCACAUCUAAUCUGUCUGUUCAGUCUAAAUGUGCGACCAUAACAAUGCUCAGAUCAUGACAGACCAGUGCUGUGUUUGUUCAGAGACAAUAUAUGGCCUUCCAAUCAAAUCAUGUUUUUUUAAAAUACUGUGUGUCAAUUUAUUUUUGUAAGCAUGUUGUUGCUGACAAAAAUGUUUAAUAUUUUAUUGAUGAAAUGUGUUAAGGACAAGUCAGACUGUGAUAAUGAACAUUUAAAAUGAAAUUUCAAUCCAAUAAACAAAAUUGUAUUGAAAAUCAAAA